AUGAUUGCCAUCGGCCUUGAAGGCUCUGCCAACAAGAUUGGCGUGGGCAUUAUGCUACAUCCGAAAAAUGGCGGCCCCGCUCAAGUACUCGCAAAUAUCAGACAUACCUAUGUUUCGCCCCCAGGAGAAGGAUUUUUACCAAAAGAUACGGCCCAGCAUCAUCGCGCGUGGGUUGUGAAACUAGUCAAGGCAGCUAUCAAAGAGGCAGGAAUAUCGGUAGAUGACGUGGACUGUAUCUGCUACACCAAGGGCCCUGGUAUGGGAGCCCCGCUUCAGAGCACAGCUGUCGCGGCACGCAUGCUGAGUCUUUUAUGGGGGAAAGACUUGGUUGGUGUAAAUCAUUGCGUUGGGCAUAUUGAAAUGGGACGGCAAGUAACAGGGGCCACGAACCCUGUUGUUCUGUAUGUAUCCGGAGGCAAUACCCAAGUCAUAGCAUAUAGCUCCAAACGAUAUCGCAUAUUUGGAGAAACACUUGAUAUAGCCGUCGGAAACUGCUUGGACAGAUUUGCACGCACGAUAUAUAUCUCAAACGACCCAGCGCCAGGCUAUAAUAUCGAGCAACUUGCGAAGAAGGGAAAACGUCUAGUUGAAAUGCCUUACACUGUCAAAGGUAUGGAUUGCUCCUUCUCUGGUAUUCUAGCACAUAUCGACAGUUUGGCAACAUCUUUGGGUCUUAAUGGGCCUGAUGCUGCGGCCUUGGAUGAGUCAAAUCAAACGGAGAUAAAUGGCGAUGGCGACGCCGACGCCAGCGGCAAAAUCACCCGUGCAGACUUGUGCUUUUCUUUACAAGAAACGAUAUAUGCCAUGCUGGUUGAAAUCACCGAACGAGCAAUGGCCCAUGUUGGUGCAAAAGAUGUUCUUAUUGUUGGUGGUGUUGGAUCCAAUGAAAGACUGCAGGAGAUGAUGUCCCUGAUGGCACGAGACCGAGGUGGUCACUUAUACGCCACGGAUGAACGCUAUUGCAUUGACAACGGUAUCAUGAUCGCCCAAGCGGGACUAAUGGCAUAUAGUCAUGGUUUCAAGACGCCGAUCGAGGAGUCAACAUGCACUCAAAGAUUCCGAACGGACGACGUCUAUGUAGACUGGCGAGACUGAUCCUUCGGUUGACAGGUACUAUCAAAGCAAAAGUGCUGAAUUGAGCUUUGGGUUCAGGUCCUUGGCGUUGUCGGCUCCAGCAUAAAAACCGCAUUUUAUAAAGCAUGUAUCAGGUCGGAGUCACGGUUCGAGAAAGCAUGUUGCAACUUAGAUGCUUUGGGGUGGAAACUCUCCGGGUGGUCUAAUCCCAGGCCUCUUGGUUAUCGUCAUCUUCUUCUAUGAUUGCCGACGAGAUUAAACUUGGUUCUUUUGAUGGUAAGAGUUCGUUUCGGUCCAUCCAGUCAGCAUAAAAUUCGCUUAAUGU